AUGUGCCACAUCUACGCUUGGAAAACCGCCAUCACCACCAAUACCACCACCACCACCACACUCCCAUUCUCUCGCUUUCUCUCCCUCCCUCUUUCUCAUACACAUGCUUUCUUUCUUUCUUUCUUUCUUUCCCUCCCUCUUUCUCAUACACAUGCUUUCUUUCUUUCUUUCUUUCUUUCUUUCUUUCUCAUACACAUGCUUUCUUUCUUUCUUUCUUUCUUUCUUUCUUUCUUUCCCUCCCUCUUUCUCAUACACAUGCUUUCUUUCUUUCUUUCUUUCUUUCUUUCUUUCCCUCCCUCUUUCUCAUGCACAUGCUUUCUUUCUUUCUUUCUUUCUUUCUUUCUUUCUUUCUUUCUUUCCCUCCCUCUUUCUCAUACACAUGCUUUCUUUCUUUCUUUCUCAUACAUGCUUUCUUUCUUUCUUUCUUUCUUUCUUUUCUUUCUUUCUUUCUUUCUUUCUUUCUUUCUUUCUCAUACACAUGCUUUCUUUCUUUCUUUCUUUCUUUCUUUCCCUCCUUCUUUCUCACACAUGCUUUCUUUUCUUUCUUUCUUUCUUUUUUUUUCCUCCUCUUUCUCAUACACUUUCUUUCUUUCUUUCUUUCUUUCUUUCUUUCUCAUACACAUGCUUUUCUUUCUUUCUUUCUUUCUUUCCCUCCCUGUUUCUCAUGCACAUGCUUUCUUUCUUUCUUUCUUUCUUUCUUUCUUUCUUUCUUUCCCUCCCUCUUUCUCAUACACAUGCUUUCUUUCUUUCUUUCUUUCUUUCUUUCUUUCUUUCUUUCUCAUACACAUGCUUUCUUUCUUUCUUUCUUUCUUUCCCUCCUCUUUCUCCUUACAUGCUUUCUUUUCUUUUUUCUUUCUUUUCCCCCCUCUUUCUCUACACUUGCUUUUCUUUCUUUUCUUUCUUUCUUUUUUUUCCUCCUCUUUCUCAUACAUGCUUUCUUUCUUUCUUUCUUUCUUUCCCUCCCUCUUUCUCAUGCACUUUCUUUCUUUCUUUCUUUCUUACUUUCUUUCUUUCUUUCUUUCUUUCUUUCUUUCUUUUCUUUUCCUCCUUUUCAUACACAUGCUUUCUUUCUUUCUUUCUCAUACACAUGCUUUCUUUCUUUCUUUCUUUCUUUCUUUCUCAUACACAUGCUUUCUUUCUUUCUUCCUUUCUUUCUUUCUUUCUUUCUUUCUUUCUUUCUUUCUUUUCCCUCUCUCUUUCUCAUACAUGCUUUCUUUCUUUCUUUCUUUUCUUUCUUUCUUUCUUUCCCUCCCUCUUUCUCAUACACAUGCUUUCUUUCUUUCUCUCCCUCCCUCUUUUUCCUCAUACAUGCUUUCUUUCUUUCUUUCUUUCUUUCCCUCCCUCUUUCUCAUGCACAUGCUUUCUUUCUUUCUUUCUUUCUUUCUUUCUUUCUUUCUUUUCUUUCCCUCCCUCUUUCUCAUACAUACUUUCUUUCUUUUCUUUCUCAUACACAUGCUUUCUUUCUUUCUUUUCUUUCUUUUCUUUUCUCAUACACAUGCUUUCUUUCUUUCUUUCUUUCUUUCUUUCUUUCUUUCUUUCUUUCCUCUCUCUCUUCUCAUACACAUGCUUUCUUUCUUUCUUUCUUUUCUUUCUUUCUUUCUUUCCCUCUUUCUUUCUUACACAUGCUUUUCUUUCUUUCUUUCUCUCCUCCCUCUUUCUCCUUACACAUGCUUUCUUUUCUUUCUUUCUCUCCCCCCCUUUCUCGUACAUUUUUCUUUCUUUCUUUCUUUCUUUUUUCUUUCCCUCCUUCUUUCUCCUUACAUGCUUUCUUUCUUUCUUUCUUUUCUUUCUUUUUUCCCUCCUCUUUCUCAUACACAUGCUUUCUUUCUUUCUUUCUUUCUUUCUUUCCCUCCCUCUUUCUCAUACACAUGCUUUCUUUCUUUCUUUCUUUCUUUCUUUCUUUCUUUCAUUCUCAUACACAUGCUUUCUUUCUUUCUUUCUUUCUUUCUUUCUUUCCCUCCCUCUUUCUCAUACACAUGCUUUCUUUCUUUCUUUCUUUCUUUCUUUCCCUCCCUCGUAAAUUCAUAUUUUCUCCGGCUCACAUUUUCUGUCACUCGCACACACACUUUGUUUCUCUCUCUCUCUACCUCUGUCUCUCACGCACAUACAUACAUACAUACAUACAUACACACUGGCUUUCGCUCUACCCCCCUCUCUCUCUCUUUCUCUCUCUCUCUCUAUCUAUCUAUCUAUCUAUCUAUCUAUCUCACAAACACACCCAUACAUACACCCGGGCUUUCUCUCUCUUACAUUGUGUUUCUUUAUUCUUUCUCUCUCUCUCUCUCUCUCUCUCUCUCUCUCUCUCUCUCUCUCACGUUUUGUUUCUGUAUUGCACACACACUUUCUUUCUUUCUCUUUCCCACUCUCUCCCACCCAUUAUUUCUUUGCAACUUUCUUACAGAUACACACUUUCCUUUUAUUCUCUCACUUACAGACUUUCUCUUUCUUAUAUACAGAAACUCUCUCUCUCUCUCUCUCUAUCUUUGA